AUUCAGCCUGUACAGCUAUCAAGAGAAAUUAGAGACCAAAUGAGUCUGUAAACAUGUUUAUCUCUGCUCUAAAGUUUGACAUUUAAACAUGGGGUUCUAUGGAGAUUGACUCACUGCAGGAGACAGCCUCUAGAGGACACUAUAGGAACUGCAGCUUUUUAUCUCUAAGGUUGGAAACAAAAACUUGUGAAAAGUCCUUCCUCAUCUCUUUGAUUGAACACUGACUGAAUGAAAAUCUAUGUUGGCCAAUUAGACGAGGUUCUUGUGUGUGUGCUUGUGUGUCUGUAUCAUGACAGUGUGUGUGUGCCUUAUUAGCAUGCUCCAUUAGCAUGUGAAUAAGCCUCAGGCUGCAUCGACGUUCUGUUGCUAUUGACAGCCAGUUAUGUUCCAUUGGCCGGUCUUUGUGCUGGUUCACUAACUGUGUGUGUGUGUGUGUGUGUGUGUGUGUGUGUGUGUGUGUGUGUGUGUGUGUGUGUGUGUGUGUGUGUGUGUGUGUGUGUGUGUGUGUGUGUGUGUGUGUCUGCAGGCUCAGUCAGCAGUAAACAAAUGAAUAUUUAAUAUGAGCUCAAAAUGCAUCAUGUGACCCAGAAAAGAUGAAAGUAAACGUUCCUCUUCAGGACACGACGAGAUGAACAGAAAACUAUUAUUAGUAAAAUAACAAUAAUUGAAUGUGUGAUUAAUCUGUUCUUCUCUCACCAUCUCAAUCUGUCUCAGUGAUGGAAACUACUGCUUUGAUCAGUCAGUUUAUUAUUAACUCUUUAUGUUUUAGUGUAAGACUUUAUUUUCAAAUGUACCUGGUUGGUAUUUAGAUGAUAGAAGCAAGCAGAACAAAUGUUUGAUUAAUCAUGACAGAAACAUAAUGUAUUUGUAUAUAAGCAGUGGUUUGGUUUUCAUUAACAGACUCUGUAAACUAAAUAUCUGCACAAGCUCAGUUUUAUUAGACUUACAGAUUUUAUAAAUGUUCAGUUUGUCAGACUUUUAUUGUCUGUUGAACAAUCUUAUAAUUCUGCAGAAUUAUUAUUGAAGUGAGAUAAACAGAUUUUAUUGAUUAUUUUUCCCUCUCCAGAUAAAGCAAACAAUAUUAACAUAUAUAAAUAUAUUAAUUCAAUCCACAUGUGUAAAUGUUUAUUAAUACAUUUUAAUACAGACUAAUGUCACAGGUGUGUGUAGACAGUAUAACAGCAGCUCUACACACAGUGCAGUUUUUAUGAAGCUCUGUGCACUCAUCUUUUCCAGGGCUCUGAUUGGCUGUUCGUGCUGCAGUAGUGUGUGAGUGUGUGAGGGAGCAUGUUUGUGUGUGUUUGAAGUGUGUGCCUGGAGCUGAUCAUUCUUCAGUGAGUCCUCCUUCAGUCUCUCUCUCUGUUUGACUCUGCACUUCCUGAAGCUGUUUUUAGAUUCAUCACUCACUAUGACAGAGUUUAGAAAAGUUUUCAAAGUUUGUAAAGGACGUCACCCAGUCAGUGUACACACACACACACACACACACACACACACACACACACACACACACACACACACACACACACACACACACACACACACACACACACACACACACACCCAGACACACUUUGUGGGUGUCCGUCAUGAUUUAAUAACUUUGCUGCCAUAUUGGAAUGUCAGCAAGAAGAAUUUAGAGCUAAUUAGAUUUGAGCUGAACUUUUGACCUGUGUGUGUGUGUGUGUGUGUGUGUGUGUGUGUGUGUGUGUGUGUGUGUGUGUGUGUGUGUGUGUGUGUGUGUGUGUGUGUGUGCGCGUGUGCGCUUGCAAGUGUGUGUGUGUGUGUGUGUGUUUAAAAUGUCAGCCAUACACAGGAGGAGGCAACACAUGCUCCUGUAAAGUAAUCCAAUGACUCGAAAACACACACACACACACACACACACACACACACACACACACACACACACACACACACACACACACACACACACACACACACACACACACACACACACACACACACACACACACACAAAUAUGAAUUCUGUGUUUAAUGAAGGCUGCAGCUGAAUGUGCUCUGUAACAAAUCUCAAUAUACUGAAAACCGAGGUACACGUUGAAGCGUGGGUUUGACUGUAUGGUUGAUUCCCUACUGUUACUACUGUAGAACUUUAUCAUAAUGUGUAGCAGAGAUUUACAAAAGCAAAAAAACAUUUUUUUUAUUGGUCAUGAACAUAAAAAAGUGGAGCUCUGUUGCUCAUCAGAGGAGCUCCAAACUCCCUGUCCACUCUGAAACCUUCUUUUGUUCUGAACUAAACGCUUUAUCAGACAUUUCCUCCUGUGCCUCCUCCUCCUCCUCCUCCUCCUCCUCCUCCUCCUCCUCCCUGCUCAUGUUUCACCUCCUCUCCAUCUUGUUCUGUGUGUCUGCUGUCUGAGUCCUCUGUGGACGCCUGCAGGGACACGCUGAGGAUAACGUUACACGGCACAAAACCAGAAACUGAACCGCAACUGCCACACACACACACACACACACACACACACACACACACACACACACACACACACACUGGUACAUAAGCCUUAAAUGGAUGGUGGCUGUGAGAGCAGAACAAAUGGGCCCAGUAGGAACAGAAGCAGAGUGCAGGAGAGGUCUGGACCAAGCUGCAGCUCUCACGCUUACAGUGUGACACACACACACACAGAAACACAGAUAUGCGCACAAGCAUGCGCGCACGCACAUACACAGGUUGAUUGGAUUGAGUUUCCUGGGUGGAGCUGGAGCAGUGAAACUGUUUUUUCUGAGCUGCAGAAGUGAGCGAGGAGUCAGAGUCGAAUUAUGCAAUUAUAUCUGCUGCUCUGCAAUGCACCCUGUGUGUGUGUGUGUGUGUGUGUGUGUGUGUGUGUGUGUGUGUGUGUGUGUGUGUGUGUGUGUGUGUGUGUGUGUGUGUGUGUGUGUGUGAGAUAGAGGGUAUCUCCCACGCCUCUCGAGUGAAAUAUGGAAGCUUUCUGCACGGCUGGAACACACAGAGUGUGUGUAUGAAUAUGUAUGAGCUCAUACUGCACAUGUAUGGAUCACAAAUCUGUGUGUGUGUGUGUGUGUGCUGUUAUCCAGCUGUCAGAUGACCGUGAGCUCAGAUAGCAGCUCCUGAGGCGACGUCAAGGUCAGAGCUGCUGUAGUGUGUGUGUCUGUGUGUGUGUGUAUGUGUGUACUUCAGGCCCUUUAAACUGUGUGUGAGCAGAGAUAGCAGCAGUGUCUUUGGGAGCGAGAUGAGAGGAAGUGUCUCCAAGCUGAUUAAUAGGACACAUGUAAAGUGAACAUAUGAACAUAUACGUUAAUGAGUAUUUCAGCAUGAAUAAAUAAAGACAUGAGAAAGAUGUGUUGUUGUUAGCGUGUAUUAGGACCAUUGACUGUAUAUACAAGGACAGCGUGCCUCAGCCUCCUUAUGCUGUCCAAAGAUGAAGCCAAAAUAUCCCUGUACCGGGCACUCACAUAUUGAGAAUUUGGAGCCAGAGUCUGUGCUGUAGAAAUCGACGGGAAGAGUAUUGGCAUCCCGCCCCUUCCUCUAUCCCAAAAAACACAUUUAACUUCCUGGCACUGAUAAAAGGUCAAAGGUCCCUCAGGUGGUUACAGUCCAGCAGGAGGGCGGGAUGAAAUGGUUUUUCAAGAGGCUGCCGCAGCUUUCAGCCUGUCAUUGAGGGUUGAGACAGCAUUUCAGGCAUGGCAACAGCCAGCGAUGGGCUUCCAAAGCCCCCUGAGGUAACAGAUGGGGGACCCCACUCAGGCUUCCCUCCAUUAGCAAGUGCAGUUUGUGUUAAAAUCACAUUUUAUUAUCAUCAGCUCCAAUGACAUCUCUGAAAGAUUGCUGACUGAAUCUUUAGAUGAAACAUCAUCAGAUAAUCCAAAAUAUUUCUCUAAUAACUGAUUAUUUCUGCUUCAGACUGAAUGUGUGUUUGUGUGUGAGUGUGUGUGUGAGUGUGUGUGUGUGUGUGUGUGUGUGUGUGUGUGUGUGUGUGUGUGUGUGUGUGUGUGUGUGUGUGUGUGUGUGUGUGUGUGUGUGUGUGUGUGUGUGUGUGUGUGUGAGUGCGGUGUGUGUGAGUGCGGUGUGUGUUCAGACUGAGAGCAGGUAACCAGAGAACUCCCCCACCUUCUCGUCUCCCUCUUUCCUCCCCUCUCUCCCUCCUCCCUCUCCUCUUGUUGUUGAGCUGCAGGAUGGAGUGAUGAUGAUGAUGGGAUGGAUUUGAACAUGGGCCGGUGGGCAGGCAUGCAAGCCCCUCUCCUCGGCCUGGCCCUGCUGCUGCUGCCGUUGCUUCUCUUCCAGCCUCCUCCCUGCAGGGGCCAGAACAUCCAGGCGGCCCCUCAGAAUGGCCCCCACUUCGGCUUCACUCGGGCGGUCUACCACGCCACGGUCUACGAGAACUCGGCGGCACGCACCUACGCCAACAGUAAAGUUAAAAUGGGGAUCCACCUGUCCCAGCGCUCCUGGGAGAUCCGCUACAGGGUCACGUCGGGAGACGAUGAGGGCUUCUUCAAGGCCGAGGAGUACGUGCUGGGAGACUUCUGCUUCCUGCGCAUAAGGACUAAAGGUGGUAACGCCGCCAUCCUAAACCGAGAGAUUCAGGAUAACUAUGUCCUGACGGUGAAGGCCUCUGUGAAGGGGGAGGCCCUCCUCGAGACCUGGACUAAAGUCAGCAUCCAGGUCCUGGAUAUGAACGACCUGCGACCGCUCUUCUCGCCCACCACCUACUCCGUCACCAUCGCCGAGAGCACCCCCCUCAGGACUAGCAUAGCACAAGUCACUGCCACGGACGCAGACAUAGGCUCCAACGGGGAGUUCUACUAUUUUUUUAAGGAGAAGAUGGAGCUGUUUGCCGUCCAUCCGACCAGUGGCGUGGUCUCUCUCAGCGGAAAGCUCAACACAGACGAGCAGAACCGCUACGACUUGGAGAUCCUGGCCGUGGACCGCGGCAUGAAGCUGUACGGGAAUAACGGCGUCAGCAGCACGGCCAAGCUUUUCGUGCAUGUAGAGCGCAUGAACGAGCACGCCCCCGUCAUGAACGUGGUGAGUCACAGCCCCUCGUGGCUGGAUAAAAACGCUGUGUAUGCCAUGGUCACCGUGGAGGACCUGGACGAAGGUCUGAACGGAGAGAUUGACUCGGUGGUUAUUGUAGGGGGAGACCCGUCAGAGCAGUUCUUUGUAGAAAGAUCUGAUGAAGGCGAGUUUGCCAUAAAAGCGUCUGAGUCCGUGAACUGGGAGGCUUAUCCUCAAGGCUGUAACCUGACUCUGCAGGCUAAAGACCGGGGGACCCCUCAGAAGUUCUCCUCUGUGAAGGUGGUCCACAUUAAGGUGAAUAAACGGCAGGCGGCAGAUACUAGAUUUGAGAAGGAGGUGUAUGACGUCAGUCUGAACGAAAUCUCGCCGCCAGGCACGAUCGUAGCUGCUGUUAAACUCAAACCAGAGCCUGACGACGCAGAGUAUAUCCUGACUCCUUCUGCAGACUCUGCUUUCUUUCAAAUGAACACCCUGACUGGUGUCAUCUCCACCGCCCACUGGUUCACUCAGGUGAGCCGGGAUGUCUACAACCUGGAGGUGUUGGAAAUAGACAGCGAGCUUAAAGUGAAAGUGCGGGUAACCGUCGACGACGCCAACGACAACACGCCAACGUUUGAUCAGUCCUCUUAUGAGGUUCUGGUGAAUGAAAGUGUUCCAGUCGGGACAAACGUGUUCACAGUGUCGGCAGUGGAUGAGGAUAAAGGUGAGAAUGGAUAUAUAACCUACAGCAUCUCCAGCCUGCAGCCGCUGCCUUUUAAGAUCAAUCAGUUCUCCGGUGUCAUCAGCACUACUAAAGAACUGGACUUUGAAUCCUCCUCAGAGAGCUAUGUGUUUGUAGUCCGGGCGUCAGACUGGGGCUCACCUUACAGGAGAGAGAGUGAAGUCAACGUCACCGUCCACCUGGAAAACAUUAACGACAACCAGCCUCUGUUUGAGAGGGUGGGAUGUCAGGGGGUCAUCACCAGAGACUUCCCUGUAGAUGAAGUGAUCACCACGAUGUCCGCCAUCGAUAUCGACGAGUUAGAGUUAGUGAAGUAUAAGAUUAUCUCUGGGAACGAGUGGGGGUACUUUGACCUGAACCCAGAUUCGGGGGUCCUCUCACUGCAGCGUUCCCUUUCCGCAGCCAGCCCAAAGAACGGUGUCUUUAGUCUGAAAAUAACCGCCACAGACGGCGAGAGCUUCUCUGACCCCAUGUUCGUCAACAUCUCGGUAGUCCAUGGGAAGGCUCCUCCAAAAAGUUUCAACUGCAAAGAGACCAGAGUUGCCCAAAAGUUAGCCGAAAAGUUACUGAAAAAAUCCAAAGCCGGCACUAAGCCCAAAAUGGAGGAAGGUUUCAUCGACCUUUUCUCGGUCAAUCGGCAGACGCCCCAGUUCGACAAAGCUUUCCCCACGGACAUCGCUGUUCGGGAAGACCUGAACGUUGGCUCAAGCGUUUUCAAGGUGAACGCCUACGAUGGUGACACAGGCUUCAACGGUCAGAUUCUGUACUCCAUCUCCGACGGAAACACCGACAGCUGUUUCACCAUCCACAUGGACUCUGGCCUCAUCAGCGUCUUCCUGCCGAUGGACAGAGAAAAGAGGGAUCGCUACCUCCUCAAUCUCACCAUCUACGACCUCGGCCUCCCUCAGAGAUCCGCCUGGCGUCUGCUCACCGUUUACAUAGAGGACGGUAAUGAUAACGCUCCCCAGUUUCUGCAAGAUGGAGGCUAUAAGGUUAUCAUACCUGAAAACACUGCCAUUGGAACAGACGUCAUCCAGGUCGAGGCGACUGACAAAGAUCUGGGACCAAACGGUGAGAUUGCGUACUCCGUUCUGACCAGCACUUCCCAGUUUGGUAUCAACUCCUCUAAUGGGAUUGUGUACGUCGCCGGCCAGCUGGAUAGAGAGUUUGUUCCAGCUUUCAACUUGAAGAUCGAGGCAAGGGAUAAGGCAGAGAGGGGGAGCCAGAAGUUUUCUGUGACCAGUCUGAAAAUCAUUCUGGAGGAUGUGAACGACUGCCCCCCGCUGUUCAUCCCCAGUGUGUACAGAGCCCGGGCUCUGGAGGAUCUCCCUGUAGGGACUGUAGUGGCCUGGUUGGAAACCCAGGACCCAGAUUUGGGUCUGGGAGGCCAGGUGAGGUACUCUUUGGCAAACGACUACAACGGAUGGUUUGACGUCGACCGGACCAGCGGAGCUAUUCGACUCACAAAGGAGCUGGACUACGAGACGCAGCAGUUUUACAACCUGACGGUGAAGGCCAAAGACAAGGGGAGACCAGUGUCUCUUCUCUCCGUCACCUUUGUGGAGAUCGAGGUUGUGGAUGUGAAUGAAAACCUCUACGCCCCGUACUUUUCCCACUUCGCACUGACAGGAUUAAUCAAAGAAAACGCUCGUAUUGGAACUACCCUCCUGCAGGUGACCGCCAACGAUGACGACACCGGCAGAGACGGAGAAAUCCAGUACUCCAUCAGAGACGGGAACGGACUCGGACGCUUCUCCAUUGAUGAAGAGACAGGUAUGAUCUACACCACUGACAUGUUGGACCGCGAGACCAAGGACUCCUAUUGGCUGACUGUGUACGCCAGUGACCACGGCGUGGUCCCUCAAUUUGCGUCGAUCGAGGUGUUCGUUCAGGUGGAGGAUGUGAACGAUAAUGCUCCUCUGACCUCGGAGCCUCUGUACCGACCUUCAGUUCCAGAGAACUCCCCCAGAGACGUCUCCGUCAUCCAGAUCUACGCCCAGGACCCCGACGCCACACCCCCGUCCUCCCCGGCCGACCGCCUCACUUACAAGAUCAUCAGCGGAAACCCCCAGAACUUCUUUAGCAUCAACACGCGCACAGGUCUGAUCACGACGACCUCGAGGAAACUUGACCGAGAACAACAAACAGAGCACGUCUUAGAGGUUCUGGUGUCGGACGGCGGUCCCAGUCCCCGGCAGAGCACGGUCUGGGUCAUGGUUCAGGUUCUGGAUGAGAACGACAACAAGCCCACGUUUCCGGAGAAGGUGUUCCAGGUCAAACUCCCCGAGCGAGAGAGGAGGAAGAAGAGCGAGCCCAUCUAUCGAGUGUUCGCCUACGACCGCGAUGACGGGCCCAACAGCGACCUCUCCUACAGCAUCGUGGACGGGAACGAGGACGGGAAGUUCUUCAUCGACCCAAAGACGGCUCUUGUGUCAUCACGCAAGGCCUUCACGGCGGGGAGCUAUGACAUCCUAACUAUUAAAGCGACGGAUAACGGGCGUCCUCAGAAGUCGUCCACCGCUCGUCUUCACAUCGAGUGGAUCCGUCGUCCUUCUCCCUUCCCCCUCCCCCUGCUCUUCGAUGAGCAGUUUUAUAAUUUCACCGUCAUGGAGAACGACAAGGUUGCCGAGAUCGUGGGCGUGGUCUCCCUGCAGCAGGGCUCUGCCCCCUUGUGGUUUGACAUCACAGGUUCCAGGUCUUUCCGUGAGAUGUUCUAUAUUCUGCAGACGUGUGGCAGGAACUGUUCCUCAGAAGGUGGGAACACAGACACCGUGUUUGACGUGGAGAAAGCUGUGGGCACCAUCAUCAUCGCGAAACCUCUGGACGCUGAGCAGCGCAGCUUCUACAACCUGACGGUGCAGGCGACCGACGGAACAAACACAGCCUACACACAGGUUCACAUCACCGUCAUCGACAACAACGACAAUGCUCCCAUCUUCUCCCAACCAACCUAUGAUGUCACCAUUUCUGAGGACACGCCCCCUGACACUGAGGUGGUCCAGGUUCUGGCUUCAGACCGUGAUGAGCACCACAAGCUGACGUACUCUCUGCAGAGCUCCAUCGACCCCAACAGCAUGCGUCUGUUCCGCAUCCAUCCAAACCUGGGCACCAUCCACACGGCUCAGAGGCUAGACCAUGAGGCCUGCGCCCAGCACAUUCUCACCGUCAUUGUAAAGGACCAAGAGUUCCCAUACAGGAAGAACUUGGCUCGUGUGCUCAUAGAAGUGGAGGAUAUAAAUGACCACGUGCCCAUCUUUACCAGUGCUCUGUAUGAAGGCUUAGUCUAUGAGUCAGCAGCAAUGGGGUCAGCUGUAGUCCAGGUCACCGCUCUGGACAAAGACAAAGGCGAGAACGCAGAGCUACGAUACUCUAUUGAAGCAGGGAACACUGGAAAUGCAUUUCUCAUUGAACCAGUUUUGGGAAUCAUCACAAUUGCACGUGACCUGGACUUAUCUAGCAUAGGCCAUUACGUUCUCACAGUCAGAGCGACUGACAGUGGAUCCCCUCCCCUCUCCACCACCACCGUAGUGCGUAUCGCUGUAACCCUCUCUGACAAUGCCGGCCCAAAGUUCCCUCAGCCCGAGUACCAAGCUGAGAUCACAGAGAACGCAGCGGUCGGGACCUCUGUCACCACAGUCAGUGCAGUCAGUCAGUCCACCCUCACCUAUGACAUCAAGCAGGGAAACACAAACCGUGUUUUCCAGAUAAAUCAGUACAGUGGAGUGAUUACAAGUCAGAAACCUCUAGACUAUGAGACUACAGCUUCUUACACACUGAUAGUCCAGGCCUCAAACAUGGCUGGCAUGGCCUCUAAUGCUACUCUGUUAAUCCAGGUAGUGGAUGAGAAUGAUAACCCACCUAUGUUCCAGCAGCUUCACUAUCGUGGCAGCAUCAGCGAGGCAGCACCAGUCAACAGUGUGGUCCUAAACUCAGAUGACUCACCUCUUGUAAUCAAAGCCACUGAUGCUGACCGCAACCAAAAUGCUCUGUUGGUUUACCAGAUUGUUGAGGACACAGCCAAAAUGUUCUUCACAGUGGACUCAGGAACUGGCUCCAUCAGAACCAUUGCUAAUCUGGACCAUGAGACAUUUGCCAGCUUCCACUUCCAUGUUCAUGUCAGGGAUAAUGGCAGGCCACAGCUUACGGCAGACAGUCCUACUGAGGUCACAAUACAAGUGAUUGACACAAAUGAUUCUCCCCCUCGCUUCAUCCAGAAUGCCUACGAAACGGUCCUGCUACUCCCCACCUAUGUGGGAGUGGAAGCUUUGAAGGUUUCAGCCAUAGACCCUGACAAAGAAGUCUCUACAGAGCUUACAUACUCUCUGACUGAUGGAGUACUGGAGCACUUUGCCAUCCAACCUUCCAGUGGAGUCAUCAUAGUCAAAAACAACAACUUUUCCAAAGAACGAUUUCGCUUCAGUGUCAAAGUUUCAGAUGGGAAAUUCUCGAGCUCAGCUCUGGUAACCAUUCUUGUCAGAGAAGCUCUGGAUUCUGGUCUCAGCUUCACCCACAGUCUUUAUUCCUCGUCUAUUGAAGAGAACGUAUCAAACAUCACUAAAGUGGCUGUGGUCAAUGCAGUGGGAAAUCGUCUCAAUGAACCAUUGAAGUACACCUUGUUGAAUGCAGGUACACGCUUCAAAAUCCGUCCAACUUCAGGUGUGAUCCAAACCACAGGUAUACCAUUUGAUCGUGAAGAGCAAGAGUUCUAUGAACUGGUCGUUGAGGCCAGAAGGGAGCAUGACCGUUUACACGUGGCCAGAGUUCUGGUUAAAGUCCAAGUGGAGGACAUAAAUGAUAAUGCUCCUGUGUUUGUUGGACUUCCUUAUUAUGCAGCUGUUCAAGUAGAAGCUGAGCCAGAUUCACAUAUUUUCCGGGUCAUGGCGGUAGACCGCGACAAAGGCAUUAAUGGAGAGGUGUCUUAUUAUCUCAAGGAUGACCACGGUCACUUUGAGAUUGACAGGCAGACAGGUAGUAUCAGCCUUAAGCGGGCCUUUGAGUCCGAUUUGUCUAAUGUGGAAUACCAGAUGGUGAUAUAUGCCAGAGAUGGAGGAUAUCCUCCUCUCUCUUCUACUACAGAGUUCCCUAUAACUGUAGUCAACAAAGCUAUGCCUGUUUUUGACAAAUCAUUUUAUUCUGUCACUGUGAAUGAGGACGUGGCUGUACACACGCCCAUCCUCGGUAUCAAUGCUACCAGUCCUGAAGGCCAAAACAUCAUCUACACCAUUGUUGACGGAGACCCUUCCCUUCAGUUUGACAUUGGUUUUGAUACCGGAGUCAUUAGUGUCAUCCAUUCUUUGGACUAUGAAACAUCGUCAUCCUACCACCUAACCAUCAGAGCCACUGACUACCUGACCGGAGCUCGUGCUGAGGUGGAUGUAGAUGUGGUAGUCCUUGAUGUUAAUGAUAACUUGCCCGUUUUCCAGAAAAUGUCUUACGGGGUUGUUUUGUCUGAAACUGUUAUGAUUGGGACUCCAGCUCUUCAAGUUAUUGCCAAUGACAAAGACUCAGAGAAAAACAAUGUUGUCCGCUACCAGAUCUUUUCAGAUGUUCAUAACAGCACAGACUACUUUCACAUUGAUAGCAGCAGUGGAUUAAUCCUCACAGCUCGAAUGCUAGACCAUGAACUAGUCCAGAAGUAUGACUUCACUGUUAGGGCCACGGAUAACGGCUUCCCACCACUGAGCAGUGAAGUGUCAGUCAUAGUUGUGGUGAAUGACAUGAACGACAAUCCUCCAGUUUUCAACCAGCUUCUCUAUGAGGCAUACGUGAAUGAGUUAGCACCCAGAGGACACUUUGUAACCUGUGUCCAGGCCUCAGAUGCUGACAGUUCUGACUUUGACAAGUUAGAGUACAGCAUUUUGUCAGGAAAUGAAAGAAUGAACUUUGUGAUGGACAAGAGGACAGGAAUCAUCACAUUGUCCGGCCACCGUAAGCAAAGAAUGGAGUCUACCUACAGCCUUAAUGUUUCAGUAUCUGAUGGGGUGUUCACCAGCACAGCACAGGUUCAUGUAAAGGUGCUGGGGGCCAACCUGUACAGUCCUGUCUUUGGACAGGGUAUGUAUGAGGCAGAGAUACGAGAGAACUCUGCCGUGGGGACCAAAGUUAUACAGGUGAAGGCUACAGAUGCAGAUCCUGGAGUCUUCGGAAACGUUGCUUAUUCCUUUGUUAAUGAUGUCGGCAAAGACCAAUUCAGCAUCGAUGCAAGUGGUCAGAUCAGCACAGUGGAGAAGCUUGACCGUGAAGACCCGGCUAAUAAGGACAUUAUUCUGACAGUAGCAGCACGGGACUCAGGUGGACGUGUCUCCUAUUGUACAGUACAAGUUACCUUGUUGGAUGAUAAUGACAAUGUACCUCUGUUCCGAGCCACAGAGUACAGAGCUUCAGUCAAGUCAGAUGUGGCUAAAGGUUAUUUGGUGACACAGAUUCAGGCUUAUGAUCCUGACGACAGCACUAAUGCCAAAGUGACAUAUUCUCUGUACAGCGAGGCCCACGUGCCUGUGGUAGACAUUUUGGAAAUAGACCCAGACAAUGGCUGGAUGGUGACCAAAGGUAGCUUCAGCCACUUGAGGAAUUCUGUUUUAUCUUUUUUUGUGAAGGCUGUGGAUGGAGGAAAUCCAGUUCGACACUCUCUUGUGUCCGUCUACAUCCAUGUUCUUUCUCCAGACACCUUCAUUCCCUCCUUCAGCCAACAUCAAUACAUAUUUCGCAUGCCAGAGGACACCCCUUUAGGUUCAGCCAUAGGCACAGUGCGCCUCAACCCCCCUCCUGGACAUGCCUCUUUUACUGCAUCCUUUGCUGUGAUUAACGGAGAGACUGGAGAAAACAACCAGGAUGGGGUGUUUGUGGUGGAGAAGGACACAGGUGUGAUCAAGCUUGAUAAGCCUUUGGACCACGAGGUGAUUAAAGGAUACCACUUUAAAGUCUUGGCAACUAUACAACAGGCCAAACUGGAUUCUGUGACUUCUGUGGAUGUUGAAUUCAAAGUGUUGGAUCUAAAUGACAACAAACCAGCCUUUGAGGCUUUCUCCUAUGAAGCCACAGUGAUGGAAGGAAUGUCAGUCGGAACUAGGAUCAUACAGGUCCAAGCAACAGACCCUGACUCUGGGGCUAAUGGUCAGGUGACAUACAGCCUGGGGGCAUUGAUCCAGUCAGAAGAGGACUCCGAUGCAUUAGCUGACACUUUUAGCAUUGACAGCAACACAGGCUGGAUCUCCACACGCAAAGACCUGGACCAUGAGACCAAUCCAUCGUACACUUUCACAGUGGUGGCCUCAGACCUUGGAGAGACUGUGUCUCUUUCCAGCAUCACCACAGUGACUGUAGCCGUCUCAGACAUCAACGACAACCCUCCCAAGUUUCUGGAGAAAAAUUAUGUUGGCUCAGUUCAGGAGAGCGACCCGCCGGGGGAGGUGGUGGCUGUGCUGAACACCAGAGAUGAUGACAGCUCAGCUGUGAACCGACAAGUCAGCUACCACAUCACUGGUGGGAACCAUCGUGGCGUGUUCGCUCUCGGCCUGGUUCAGGGCGAGUGGAAGAUGUAUGUGAAGUGGCCUCUUGACCGGGAGGAGUGUAACCUCUACAUCAUUAACGUCACCGCCAGCGACGGACUCUUUGUUUCCCAGGCAACUGUUGAGGUGACGGUGAUCGACACCAACGACAACAGCCCUGUGUGUGAGCAGGCUGUGUAUUCAGCCUCUGUCUCUGAGGACCUCCCCCUCCACAGCCCCCUUCUGGUGAUCAGAGCUUCAGACGGCGAUGCGGGCAUCAACUCGUGGAUCCAGUACUCCCUCCAUGGUCCAGGAUCUCAGGACUUCAUCAUGGAGCCGGACACAGGUGAGAUCAAGUCCUCGGUGCUCCUGGACAGGGAGGUGACGCCCAGUUACCGGCUGGUUGCCCAGGCGACAGACGGCGGCGGGAGGUGGUGCCGUGCGGAGGUUCAGCUGGUGGUGACGGACGUGAACGACAACCCGCCCAUCUUCACCCAAUCACAGUACACCGCCAGCGUGUAUGAAGACACCGCCACCAAGGCCCUGCUGACCCGCAUCCAGGCCAUCGACCCUGACCAAGGUCCGGGUCGGGUGGUGGACUACUCGCUGGCCGACUCUGCGGGAGGAUCCUUCUCCAUCGAUAAGUCGUCGGGCAUCGUGGUGCUGGAGCGCGUUCUGGACCGGGAGGUGCAGCCGGCCUAUCAGAUCACGGUCCACGCCUCGGACCAGGGCUCCCCGCAGACCCUCUCCUCGCUCGUCAACGUCACCAUCACCGUGCUCGACAUCAACGACAACCCGCCUGUUUUCGAACGCCGCGACCAGCUGGCCACGGUGCCAGAGGACGUGGGCGUGGGGACGGAGGUUCUGAGGGUUCACGCUGCAAGCAAAGACAUCGGCACCAACGCAGAGAUCAACUACAGCAUCCGGUCAGGAAACGAGCACGGGAAGUUCCACAUCCACCCACUGACAGGAGCGAUCCUUGUCGCCCAUCCUCUGGACUACGAGACCUGCAGAGACUACUUCCUGACGGUGGAGGCUCGUGACGGUGGCACGCCCCCGCUGAGCGCUAUCACCACGGUGAACAUAAACCUGACAGACGUCAACGACAACGCACCCAUGUUCAGCAGAGACCUCUACACGGCCCUGGUGUCAGAGGACGCCACCAUCGGAGAGCCUGUGGUCCAGCUGUUAGCGGAGGAUGUUGACAGUCAGCAGAAUGGAGCCAUCCUUUACUCCAUCAUCAGUGGAGACCGGGACAGCUCGUUCUUCAUCGACCCACUGCAAGGGAUCGUCAAGGUCAACAAGCAGCUGGACCGAGAGACAGUCCCCAGUUACUCUCUAUCAGUCCGGGCUCUGGACAGCGGGGCCCCGCCCAUGUCCUCCACUGUGAUGGUCAACAUCGACAUCUCUGACGUCAACGACAACCCGCCCACCUUCUACCCCGCCAACCUGUCCACAGUCAUACAGGAAAACAAGCCUAUUGGGACCACCAUCCUCCAGCUGUCGGUGACAGACCAGGACUCCUCUCACAAUGGCCCCCCCUUUGAGUUCAAGAUCCUGUCAGGAAACUCAGGAGGAGAGUUUGUUCUGGAGAAAGACGGGACGCUGGUGGCCAAUCAGGUGUUCAGGAGAGACCUGGCAACUGAAUAUGUCAUCCAGAUACAGGUGUCAGACUCGGGUAAGCCCCGCCUCUCUUCCUCCUCCAUGCUGACGGUCAGAGUGAUUGAGGAGUCGCUCCAUCGCCCUGUAGCUCUACCUUUAGAGGUUCACAUCGUCACCAUGGAGGACGAGUUUCCUGGAGGUGUGAUCGGCCAACUGCACGCCACCGAUGCUGAUCCCUACGACGCUCUGACCUUUGGCCACGCCCCCCCGGCCCAGCGCAGCCUCUUCAAGAUCAAUCCUCGCGAUGGGAAGAUCAUUGCUCUGGGGGGGCUGGACGCUGGCCGCUACAACCUGAACGCCAGCGUGAGUGACGGCCGCUUUGCUGUGCCCGUGCCUGUGAGCGUGCACGUAGAGCAGGCGACCCCGGAGAUGCUGCGCGAAGCGGUGACCGUGCGUUUCGAGAGCGUGGCGCCGCAGGACUUUGUGGCUCUGCACAUGAGGAGCGUGUUGAAGGUGCUGCGCCAGGCCGCCGCCUCGCAGCAGCAGGACAAGCUGCACAUGCUCAGUCUGCAGCCGGUGGGCGGGACCCAGCAGUUGGACAUGCUGGUCGCCGUGGAAACGGCAGGGGAGGGUUACUACAAGGCGGCCUACCUGACGCAGAAGCUGAGCGCGUCGCGGCGGCGGCUCGAGGAGGUGCUCAGGGUGUCGGCCAUCUUGGAUAAGAACUGCUCGGGGCUGGAGUGUCGUGGGGCGCAGUGCGAGCAGAGCAUCAUCCUGGACUCGCACAACCUCGCAACAUACAGCACGCCACGCAUCAGCUUCGUGUCCCCGCGCUUCCACCGCACCUCACGCUGCACCUGCACAGACUCCAGCUGUGCUGUGCUCUCUGAGCAGUGUGAGGACCAGCCCUGUCCAGCAGACAUGCAGUGUGUCUCUAUCGAGGCCAGCAGAGGGCGCUACGCCUGCCAGUGUCCCCCUGGAAAACUGGGAGAGUGUGCAGGGCACUCGUCUCUGAGUUUCUCAGGUAACAGCUACAUUAAGUACCGUCUCUCCGAGCGUCUUCAGCCGGAGCUCAAGCUCAGCCUGAGGAUCAGAACGCUGCAGAGCCGAGGAAUCAUCAUGUACACACACACUGAACCCUGCACCGUGCUCAAGCUGGAGGAGGGGAAGCUGUGGUUCCAGCUGACCUGCGCUCUCUCUGACGGACCCUCUGAUGACAUGUUGGGGAUCUCUGGUCGGAGGAUAAAUGACGGCGGCUGGCACACGGUCACUCUGGAGAUCAACAGGAACUACAGCAGCCUAGCGCUCGACGACAGCUACGUGGAGCGACGCCGCGGACCACCAUUCAUCCAGCCGCUGGCUCCAGACAGAACCAUCUACUUUGGAGCUCUGGUGCAGAACCCAAACUCUCGCAGCCUGAUGGAGUCUCAGAAGGACCCGCGGGUGCUGGAGGGGUUUCAGGGCUGUCUGGACUCCGUGAUGCUCAACAACAACGAGCUGCCGCUGCAGAACAAACGCUCCCGAUACGCUGAGGUGGUGGGGCUGACCGAGAUGAAGCUGGGCUGCAUCCUUUACCCAGACGCCUGUCUGCAGCAGCCCUGUCGAAACGGAGCCACCUGCACAGGCCUGCCCUCUGGUGGCUUCUCGUGCAGUUGUAACCCCCAGUUCACCGGGGGGCGCUGUGAGAUGGAGAUAACGGCAUGUGUUCCUAACCCGUGUCAGAACGGAGGAGCAUGUAAAACCAUCGGGAACGCUUUCCUGUGCAGCUGCAGGAGAGGAUUCAAGGGCCUGACCUGUGAGGAGGACGUGAACGAGUGUGACCGCAGCAACCCGGAGGGCGAGUGUGAGAACGGCGGCGUGUGCGUCAACACCCACGGCUCCUUCUAUUGUAACUGCACGGCGGGCUUCGUGGGUCAGCGCUGCAGCCUGCGGCCCGUCGUCGUCCCCGACAUGCAGGCGGGACACGCCGUGGUCGGCAAGGAGGAGCUGAUCGGCAUCGCCGUGGUGCUCUUCGUCAUCGUCACCCUCAUCAUCCUCUUCAUCGCCUUCAGGAAGAAGGUGUUCCAGAAGAACUACUCCAGGAACAACCUGUCGCUGGUCCAGGACCCCGCCACCGCUGCGCUGCUCAACAAGGCGAACGGUGUCCAGUUCAAGACCCUGCACUGCUCGCCGGGAGACCCCCUCAACCUGUACUCAGAGCCCACCAUGGUGGGGGUCGGUGGGAUGCUGGGACCCCCGCAGGUCCCCGUGAGGCCCAUGGCGUACACACCCUGUUUCCAAGGCGACCCGCGGUCCACGCUGGAGAAGAUGGUGGACGGUCGGGGGGUGGAGCACACAGAGAUGAGCACCUUCCACCCAGAGUCCCCCAGGAUCCUGUCGGGGACCACCAGGAGGGGGGUGGUGGUCUGCAGCGUGGCCCCAAACCUGCCGGCGGUCUCGCCCUGCCGCUCCGACUGCGACUCCCUCCGCAAGUGCCCCUGGGACAGCGACGAGGGUAAGAUGGCCGACAUGGCAGAGGAAGUGACCUGUUUCUCAGGGAGCAACAAAGGCAGCAACUCAGAGGUCCAAUCACUGAGCUCCUUCCAGUCUGACUCGUGUGACGACAACGCCUCCAUAGUGACUGUCAUUCGACUGGUCAAUGAUGCAGUCGACACAAUCGAGAGUGAAGUCUCUGUUAUGGAUCACGGUCAAAGCUACAACAGAGCGUAUCACUGGGACACGUCGGACUGGAUGCCGAGCACACGGCUGUCCGACAUCGAGGAGGCUCCCGGCGGUGAGGCAGCGGGGUCAGCCCCCCGCCUCACAGGAAGCACGCGUGAACUGGAGUCGGACUACUAUCUGGGGGGCUACGACAUUGACAGCGAUUACCCGCCUCCCCACGACGAGGUGUUCUUGUCCCAGGACCAGCUUCCACCCCCCUUGCCCACAGCUGAGGACUACCCCGAGGCCUACAUGCCGCUGGCCGCCAAUCCCCCAGCGUCCAAGGACAGCACCCUGAGCUCGGGCAGCGCAGGCCGUCAGAACGCCAGGCCGCACUUCCACCCCAGCCAGUACCUGCCCCCCCACCAGCUGCCCUUGGGCGAGCAGCCCCACGGGGACUUCGGUGCGUCAGGGGGCGGGGUCACCCCAGGAAACGGGGGAGACACCGAGGACUCUGUGUCUGUGAACAUACGUCUGUCUGUCGGGGCGUCGUCGGCCUCGGACAUGUCUGCCCCCUGUGGGCUGGAGGACUCGGAACACGGCAGUGACUUUGACAGUAUGGAUGAGCUGCGGCGAGGAGUGACCAUCAUCACAGACUCUCAGCAGCAGACGGAGGUGUGAUGGUAAGACAGAUGAUUGGAGGAAGGAGGAUGACAUCGAGCAGAUGGCAGGACACACACAUGAAUGUCAACACAGAGGGAGACAUUACACCGACUAAAACAAACACUGUACACACAACAUCCACCAUGAUGAAACAAGUCUGUGUGAUGUCAGUGUCCCCCGCUGUACAGACCAAUCAGAAGUGUCCUUCCUGCUGCAGUAGGGAGUCAUGGACAUGUGUUCAGAGCGGUUUAGAGAAUGUGACAGAUUGAUCUUUAGAGAUGACAUGUACAGAUGUGGUAAAGUGAAGAAAAGGAGAAGGACAAUCAUGAAAGUGAAACAGUUUGUAAUGUUCCUGCUCCUUCAAACGUCCAUCACACCUCCUCUUUCUAAAAAAAAAUAAGAAAAAAACAAAAUCCUCCUUUUCUGUUCCCUCCUCUUGGAUUUGUACAUUUUUGUAGCACUUCCAGAUUGUACAGACUUUGUAAAAUAGAACGAGCUUACUGAUGAAAAAAGUGUGUUCUGGACACAUUUCAGAGAGCCAUGUAUGUGUUUAAUGUGGAAUGUGCUCGCUCCUGUCCAAAAAAAAAAAAAAAGAUAAAGUUCCCACAAAGCCAUGAGACAUCAGCCAUCAUAAUGUUCAGUGAGCUUCCACUGGUAUGUUUGUACCACGUUUGUGCAGAAGUCAAGAGCUGCUGUUGUUUUUAGUCUGCUUUAAGGAUGUUCUCAUCAGACCAAGAAUACAUUAAAAAAAAACAUACACAAUACUCUUAAUUUAAUAUCUGAAGACUAUGAUCCUUGGUUAAAAAUGAAUCAUAACGUAAAAUGAAAACUAAAUCAUGUUUACACACAAAAGGUUUGGAUUGACUUUAUAAUGUUUUACUAAAGUAAAGGGUCUGAAUGCUUCAUCCAUCAACAGAUAACAGGAAGUCCUGGAA